GAAUAAAAGUAUAAAAGUCUUAUUUUAAUUUUAUGCAUAUGCUUCACUCAUACCACAUAGACAUUUAAAACUUAUUGGUGACUAAUUUCAAAAAAUACCCUAUUUGAAAUAACUAUUUUGAGAAUUUACCUUUUUUUUUAUCAGGAAGGUAAUUGGCGCCAAAUACUACCUCAAGGGAUAUGAAAGAUACUAUGGUCCACUGAACAGGACCCUCGACUACAUGUCUCCCCGAGACAAGGACGGCCACGGAACACACACCUCCUCCACCGCCUCCGGCCGGAGAGUGGCCAACACGUCCGCUCUCGGCGGCUUCGCCGGCGGGACCGCAUCGGGAGGCGCGCCGCUGGCCCGCCUGGCAGCGUACAAAGUGUGCUGGGCCAUCCCAAAGCAGGGCAAGGAGGAGGGCAACACGUGUUUUGAGGAAGACAUGCUGGCGGCCAUGGAUGACGCAAUAAGGGAUGGUGUGGAUGUCAUCAGCAUCUCCAUAGGAACCACCAAGCCCACGCCGUUUGACCAAGACUCCAUCGCGAUUGGUGCCCUGCACGCAAUCAAAAAUAACAUUGUUGUGUCGUGCAGCGCGGGGAAUUCAGGCCCUAACCCGGCUACGUUGUCUAACACAGCUCCUUGGAUCAUCACUGUUGGGGCUAGCAGCCUAGACCGGACGUUCAUGGCUCCACUUAUACUGGGGAAUGGGGAAAAACUCACGGGACAAACUGUCACACCUUACAAGCUGGAAGACAAAAUGUACCCUUUGGUUUAUGCAGGCCAAGUGGUCAACUCUAAUGUUUCCAAAGAUCUUGCAGGGUGAGUAAUCACACUACUACUUGAUCAAAAUAUACUCUGUAUAUAUAGUAUGUUUUUAUCUCUACCAGUAUUGCUUUUUCUUUUUAGAUCCCUAUAAAGUUAUUUUUUGUUAUUCAAUAUUGUAAUUUACAUCAUAUUCUUUGUAUACACUCUCUGUCAACCUAAAUAGUGAUGUGGCUGACAAAGCUUCAGCCCAAGUUGCAAUAUUGUAAGAAUGAACUAUAAAAAUAAUA